AAAGCAGCUUUCGCUGAGCAACAUGGGAAGAAGAGCGCUGACAAGUCACGCUGUAAGUAAGAAGCACCGACUUGCUGCAAACGGAGCCAGGACACCCUCUGUAGCUUCGUUUCUUACGCCGCCGGCAAGUGAACCGUCGGGCGCUGUUGUGACCAAAGCUGGGCCAGUGGCGUCAGGUUCUGCGCCGCCUUCAUCUUCUUCAACCACAGCUACGGACAUCCAACCCGAGCGUGCGGCAAAGGAUAUUUUUCAACGUGACACAGAAGUGAUAAAUGCUGAGGUGAUGUGGUGUCUCAAUGCUGUCAUGACGCACACAUCAUUCCGUGCUGCCGCGGCAUCGGCUUCUCUGUUCCCGUUGAUGUUCCCAUCAUCAGCUACUGCCAAGAAAGUGCAGCUUGGCAAAGAUAAGGUGGGGUAUACUAUUGUCUAUGGCCUCGCACCUUUCUUUAGAGAGAGCCUCGUGUCGGAAUUGAACCAAGCCUCCUACCUCGUUUUAGCGUUUGACGAAUCGUUAAACAAACUUGCACAAAAGGAGCAAAUGGACGUGUUGGUUCGCUUUUGGUCGGAUGCAGAGGGAAGCGUGAAAACACGCUACCUGACGUCAUGCUUUCUUGGGCGCACGCGAGCUGAAGAAUUGGUGUCCGCAUUUAAAAGUGCCACUGAUGGACUCUCACGUUCGAAAAUUCUUCAGAUAUCAAUGGACGGGCCAAACGUCAACAUGAAGUUUCUCCGUGAGAUCAAGCAAGAACUGUGUGAAUCCAAUGACGGCCGCCAAAUUCUCGACGUUGGAAGCUGUGGCCUUCAUGUAGUCAACGGCGCGUUCAAAACCGGACACGCGGCAACAGGGUGGCAAGUUGUGGAAUUUCUCCGAGCUAUGUACAAUUUAUUUAAAUGCGUACCUGCCCGACGUGCUGAAUACGCACGCAUUACCGGGAGCAACAUUUACCCUUUGAAGUUUUGCUCUGUGCGAUGGCUUGAAAACGUUCGAGUAAUUUCGAGGGCUCUUGAGGUCCUGCCUUACCUAAAGGUGUACGUUGAGUCGUGUCGAAACGAGAACAAGCGACCGACCAGCGCCAGUUACAGCGUCGUCGAAACAUCCAUCCACGAUCCUCUGUUGUCUGCAUAG